UGAUUCCCUAGUCCAACUGCCUCGCUAGGUCUAGCCAUUGCUGCACACCAGUGCCAUCAUUGCCUACAUGGAAUCUGCGGAUGGCGUUCUCGACUUCCUUGGCCAAAAUUUGACGUCCUCCUGCGUGCUUGCUACUGCUUUGUACGGCCCUACACGUGCUCUCUAUGCUUCACUUGAGGGCGCAGGAGCGAUAAUUGACGCGUUCGCCAUCGGUCUCUUCGUGCUCGACACCCUGGGAUAUUGUGCUACCAGCGCUGCACCUCGGCCUUGCGCCCGCCUCCUUUCGUGCGGGCGUCGUCUUCGCGGUCGACCUCUCGUGGUGAUCAUCUUCAAGGCGCGGGUUUUUAUGAUAUCUGCUCCUUAGUAACCACCGCCUCGACAUCAACUUCUACCGUCACCUUAUCCGUCUACC